UACGGUUGUUUGUCGAAAGGAAGAUGCGUAGGUAAGCAUCAGUAGAUACUACAUACCAUUCGAGUUGGUAUAAAUGAAAGAGCAGUUUUGAAUUUUUGGUGCUAUCAAAGGUGAAUGGCGGCGCGUUGUGCUGGUGGUAUCUUAAAAUUAACUAAAGCCACUGUGUUACCAUCUGACCCUGACCACCAAAAAAAUGGAACAGUACCACAAGCAUCCCUGCACGGUCGGAAUGAGCAGUACCAUGAAUGCCUGGAACAGCCAGAUAUGGAAGUCAAACAUAUUCAAACAAGAGUAGGAAAGCUACGUGAGAAACUUGCGGAAGCGAAUACGAAUAUAUGCACUUUAAAGGCAUUUGUGGAUCAAACUGUGGGGCAGGUAACUAACGGAUUAGUGCAAAAAGAUUCUAAGGGAGUAAUUUGCGAAUUGAAACAACUGCUUGUUUCCCUGGAAGAUAUUCUCGACCAGAACGAUGUUAUUACCCAACGAGGCGUGGACUGCAUGCAAAUGGUUGAAAAGCUCGACAACUUUAGUUGCCUUUGUUGCCCUGCUACACCCAGCGUUCAGUCCAUUAGGGGAAAACUGAAAGAGAUUGCUAGAGAGAAGGAAAUUAUAGAUCUAGCUAUACAACAAAAUAAAAAUGACACUCUGCAAGGAAAGGUAUCUAAAUCAACAGAACCUGAUUUUAUACAUACCCCCAAUGUGGCGACUGGUAUUCAAAUUCGCUGUUGUCCAGAAUGUAAACCGAAAAUAUUACAAACCGAGCAAAAAUAUAUAAUUAGUGAAGGCACCAGUCCUACUGUGAUGCAUUCAUUUUCAAAGGGACUGGGUGUAAAUAUGGAAUGCCGUUGUAAGAGAAAACAAUAGAAUUGAAAACGUAACGAGUACACAUUUAGUGCAACAGUUGCCCAGGUUGAGAAACAUUCAGUGGACGAUUGCUCAAAAACUUUCCUUAUAACUUCAUUUCUUUUUUCACUAUCGUAAAGUUCAAAUAAUAGAUACACACGAGACAAAUACAUGAUUUUAAUAA